UGUCGUUGCAAACAAGAAGAAGAACAAGUGAAGAAGAAGAAACGACAUUCGACCGACAAGAGCGAGUGAGCGAGCAACCGAGCCAAAGCAAUCACCAACCCCGACCUGAUAUCCGCACACGUCCUUCCUCCUCUGCAGCCCUUUGUUCCCUUGUGCUACAAGUGUGGACAACGAGAACAGUGCGUGUGAGACACACGAGCACAAAGACACGAUGAGCACAACGAUGGCAUCGCAUGCCAUGGACACCAAGGCAGAUGAGCGUGAUGCCAAGGACAAGGGCGCAACCGCAUAUCUUGAGAGCAAAGUCAACGGCCUCACGGUCGUUCUCAAUGACAAGAAGCAGAACCUUCGACGAUUGGAGGCUGAAAGAAACGAGCUCAACGGCCGAGUGCGCCAGUUGAAGGAAGAGCUGACGCUGCUGCACGAGCCUGGCUCAUAUGUGGGUGAGGUGGCCAAGGUCAUGGGCAAGAAGAAGGUGCUUGUCAAGACACACCCAGAGGGCAAGUAUGUCGUCGACAUUGAGAAGAACAUCGACAUCACAAAGCUGACGCCAAACACGCGAGUUGCCCUGCGCAGCGACAGUUACACCUUGCACAAAGUCCUGCCCAACAAGGUUGAUCCGCUCGUGUCGCUGAUGAUGCUUGAGAAAGUGCCCGACAGCACAUAUGACAUGGUCGGCGGCCUCGACAAGCAAAUCAAGGAAAUCAAGGAGGUGAUUGAGCUGCCUGUGAAGCAUCCCGAGCUGUUUGAGGCGCUCGGCAUUGCGCAACCAAAGGGUGUGCUGCUGUAUGGCCCGCCCGGCACAGGCAAAACGCUGCUGGCACGCGCAGUUGCCCACCACACGGAGUGCAGCUUCAUCCGCGUGUCUGGCUCUGAGCUCGUCCAGAAGUACAUUGGCGAAGGUUCACGGAUGGUUCGUGAGCUGUUCGUGAUGGCCCGGCAGCACGCGCCAUCGAUCAUCUUCAUGGACGAGAUUGACUCCAUCGGCUCUGCGCGCAUGAGCGGGGGCAAGGGUGGCGGCGACAGCGAGGUGCAGCGCACGAUGCUGGAGCUGCUCAACCAGCUCGACGGCUUUGAGGCCACGCAGAACAUCAAGGUGAUCAUGGCCACCAACCGCAUCGACAUUCUCGACUCGGCGCUCCUCCGCCCAGGACGCAUCGACCGCAAGAUUGAGUUCCCUGCGCCAAACGAGAGCGCACGCGCGCACAUUCUCCGCAUCCACUCGCGCAAGAUGAACCUCACUCGUGGGAUCAACCUGAAGAAGAUUGCUGAGCUGAUGCCGGGCGCGUCCGGCGCAGAAGUCAAGGGCGUGUGCACGGAGGCCGGCAUGUAUGCGCUUCGUGAGCGCCGCGUGCACGUGACGCAGGAGGACUUUGAGCUCGCCGUCGCAAAGAUUAUGCAAAAGGACAGCGACAAGAACACUUCCCUGCAGAAAUUCUUCACUUGAUCGCCCGCAAGGCACCCACCCACAUCACCAACCACCAGCCUUGUUUUGGCUCUUGUUCAAGCCUUUGGUGCUGUGCUGUGUGGCGGCACUCUCACACGCAUACACGCUUGUGCGCUUGCUGUGUCGUUUGUCGUUUUGCGUCUGCAACAGUCAGCCCAUCAAAUACACAACAACCAAAUCACCCA